CUGUCUUGAGCAUCGCCCCCAAGCACCACCACCACAAACAACAACAAGACAGCGCCCUGAACAAGACAAGCAGGUCCGCAUACAAGAAGCCAUCGUCGCCUCCAACCCUGUGCUUGCGUAUCUCUAGCUUGACUCUUGCCGUGCAUCGACCACCCACAUACCUUGCCUCCACUGUCUGCCUACCUUAGCUGUUGGUGACUGCAUGCGCUCUGCGUUGCAUUGUCUGCUCUUGGUAUCUUUAUCUGCCUGGCCACACCUCCUCCCAUUGAGCUCCGAGCCGAAUCAAACCCUCGUCGAGUCCAAAAACGACCAACGGUGGAGCCCAGCAAGAACAAAAAAAAUAAAAUCGAAGCCGAGAACGGACUGGAGCCCAGCCCUACCUCGACACCCCUGCAAUUCCCAGCGCCCUUCCGCAACUCACUUUGCUCCCUUGAGUCAUCGCCGCGCCGUGCACCCUUUUGGGCCCUUGCCGAGUCCUAGGCACAAAAAAAAAAGUCAUAUACUCUGAGGCCCUAUCUCUUUCACCACUCUCCAAGAUGGUGUCAACAUAUCUCCCCCAGAUUCAUACCUCCCAACAGUCUGCCAACAAGACCGUUGCAGCAACACCCGCCUCACCCCUCGUCGCCUCGCCAUUCAAGAGGAAGACCAUGAGCCUCACCCAGACCUACUACCUCGCCCACAAGGCGAGGGCCAAGCUGUCGGCUGAGGCCCAGCGCCCCGACCAUGACCUACGCAAGCUGGUCGGCAGCGCCAACCUGCUCGAUGCCCUGAUGGUGGAGCUCGCCGACGCCGAGAGGGAACAAGAAUCGUGGUUCAACCAGUCCGUCCGCGGCGCCACUACCAAGAAGACCACCAACACCCAAGACCGGAGGGUGCAAUGGGCCGACUCCGUCGUCGAAGAGCCCGAGGAGGACUGGGAGGGCGACGACGCCCUCUCCGACUCGGAUGACGAGGACAGCGAGUACGACGACGACGAGGACGUUGAGAUGGCCGACGUCGUAUCCCUCACCAGGAUACCCUCACACACCAGCAAGUCUCUCGCUGCGCCCUCGGUUGCCACCGACGAGGACUACUUUGACGAGGAGGAGGAGGAGGACUACGCCCAGCUUACUCUCACCCGCUCGCAAUCACGAUCGGCAGCAUCCCCGCCCGACCUGGACCACGAUUCGGACUCAUCAGAAGACGAGGCGAUGCCGCCAUCCCCACCCACCGCGAGCCUACCCAGCUUCACCGACGGCAAGCAACAAGCACAAGAACAACAAGACGAUGCAAUGGCUUCGCCCCAAGGAGCCUUCUACAGCGAGGGCUUCUACCUGCCACCAAGGAGCCCUGCACGAGUGGUGUCUGCCAUCUCAGUCUACUGAGCCGAGGCGGCCCCACCGUUCUACCACCCUUGUUGUUGCUUUGAUGUUGCUUCGCAUGAGCCUAGUGUUCCAAAAAAAAGAUAUACCCCCGACUACUCAGGGAAUUGGGUUUCGUGUUUUCUUUGUUCUGUACUUUUUCCUUUAUCGAAGCGAAGCAAAGAGCGUUGACGAUUAUACCCCUGAUUUUUCUUCUUCCUUUUUUUGUUUUGUUAUCUUGCCUCUAUUAAUGGGCAGAAGGUUCAGGGUCUAUUUUCUUCUCUUUGCCACCACACCUCGCUCCUCCCUACUACAUUACGAUGACUAUUUUUCUUUUCUGCUUCGUCUCCAUUGAGAUCUCAUGGUUCCGAUCUAGCCUAGCAUGUUGGCUAGAUCUGCUGGGGUUCUAAAUUCUCGCCCCCAUCUAUGGUUGAGUGAGGGGAGGGCAUGGUUUCUACUAUUUUGUCCCUUGGACGAGAUGAGGCUUCGGCUUUCUCGUAGGCAAUGCCAUGAUGGCUGCCCUAAUUGGACAGACAACCAAUCAAAAUCAAUCAAUUGAUCAAUCACGAUAUCCGACAUAGAGUGCUCUUAUCCCGCUUACUGCAAAUGAUCUCUAUGUAUUGCCCAAACCCCCAAAAAUUAGCUGCACCUGAGAGCUCCAUCUGACAGCUAAGCUACCAC